UCGGUGAAGUGGAUCGCAAUUCCAAUGGAGCUAAUACUAAAGGAAGCACCUGGUGUCAGUCGGAAGCGUUAAUGUCAAGAAAUAUUUCAAGCAACAAGCCUUUUGAAAUUUGGGAAACGGGGUGUUGUUGGAUACCCUCAGAUAGCUUUGGUUCAUGGAGGCUUUUGACACAUGUCGACCUUGGGAUGAGGUCAGACACACAGGAACCCAACAGAUCUCCAGUGACAACAAUUAUACCUUUCAUCCGGGUACCACGAAAUUGUCCAAGAACAUUUAAUCUGCUGGCUCAUGACCCUGAUAAUGACCAAGUCAGAUGCAGAUAUGGAAUGGCUCGUUUCAAUGAGUGCCGUACAUGUAAACAGCAUUCUGGCUUCAAGUUGGAUCAAAAUACCUGCACCUUGUUUUAUUGGGACACCUUUGUUAUAACGAAGGUUCAUGCCUUUGAGAUUGUCCUGGAGGAUUACCCCAGACAAGAAAUCACUCUGUCUUACACAGAUGGCACAUCAUCCAUCAAGUCCCCACUAGUUUAUAGAGACAAGCGAGCAUCUAACUACCCCUACUACCUUACAAGUACAACACCCCCUCCAACUACAACAGCCACAACAACUAGAGCAGCUCACUACCACACCUACCCUGUGAUUACAUCACGUCCUACAACUACACGACACACUACAACUACACGACCCACUACAACUACAGCAGUUCACUACCACACCUACCCUGUGAUUACAUCACGUCCUACAACUACACAACACACUACAACUACACAACCCACUACAACUACAGCAGCUCACUACCACACCUACCCUGUGAUUACAUCACGUCCUACAACUACACGACACACUACAACUACAGCAGCUCACUACCACACCUACCCUGUGAUUACAUCACGUCCUACAACUACACGACCCACUACAACUACAGGAGCCCCUGCAACUGCACAAAACACUACAACUACACGACCCACUACAACUAUAGGAGCCCCUGCAACUGCACGACACACUACAAUUACACAACGCACUACAACUACAGCAGCUCACUACCACUACUACCCUAUGAGUACAUCACGUCCUACUACACGACCCACUACCACUACACAACACACUCCAACUGCACAACCAACUACCACUAUGAAUCCUAUGCCUAUGAACAUUCCACUGAGCAAAAUCCCUCUGCAGUUUGUAAUCCAAGUUGACCCACCUGUUUCUUCCUGUGCUGAGGGACACAUUCUGCCUCGGUUUCUGUCCCCAACUCCAAAACAUGGAGAAAUCCUCAUUGCCUAUGUCAAUCAGGAGUUGGAAAUUAAGCUCAAUGCUACAGCAACUCAAUCAUGGGUAAAAAACUUUAUCAUCAGUGGACCUCUGAACAUCACAAAGUACACCACUAUCAGAGGAGCAGUUGGAGAAUCUCUAAUCAGGUGGACACCAACUGAAAAUGACUUCGGUGAUCAAGUUCCCAUUUGCUUCAUUGCAGAGAGUCAAUCUGGGUCCAGAAUCUUUCAUUCUGAAAUGAGAUGCAUCAUUGUCAACGUUAGCAGUACAAUUGGCAAAGUCAAUGUGGUUUGUAACGAGACCACAAUGACAGUAGAAGUGGAGAAGGCCUCAAUAAUUGGACUUCAUGAAGAUCACCUACGUCUCAUUGAUCCAUCCUGCACCCCCAUCUCCAACGGCACCCAUGUGAUCGCUGCCGUGUCCCUCAGCUCCUGUGGAACUGAACUGGAGGAAGACGCUGAAAACCUGAUCUUCAAAAAUGAAAUCAUGUCGUUCGACAACAUUAGUGAUGUCAUUACCAGGAAACACCAGGUGGAGAUUGAGUUCUCAUGCACGUACCCCAAGAAGGGACGCGUGUCUCUGGAGUUCCGGGCACACAAGCUUAUUUCCGUGUUCACGGAAAAAGGGUUUGGAAAGUUCAGCUACCAGUUUGAGUUCUUCCACAGUGACCAGUUCAACAUUGCGAUGGACACAGAUUCCUACCCUAUAGAGGUGGCACUGCAAGAGAUGCUCUACAUGAAAAUCAAAGCUACUUCCUCUAUUGCCAACACUGAGCUUUUCGUGGAGUCAUGCAGAGCAACCCCCGUUGAUGACCCCAACUAUCACAUUUUCUAUGACAUAAUUGCAAAUGGCUGCACUUUGGACGAGACGGUGGUGGUCUAUCCAAAUAACCCUUCAGAAUUCAAAUUUGGAAUUGAAGCUUUCCAGUUCAUUGGACAACAUGAGGAGGUCUUCAUAAGCUGCUCAGUCAUCCUGUGUGUGGCAGGUGAGCCUUACACCAGAUGUUCUCAGGGCUGCACCAAUGCCACAGCCACCCCCGUUGUACAUCACCACCACAGGAGGGCUGUUGCCACAGAGACUGUGAGACACUCCAUUUCCCAGGGCCCUUUGCGUCUAAAGAAGACCACAGAUAUCACAGCUUCCAACAUGGGCUUGAACAUGAACCUGGUUUUCAUCGCUGCCGUUCUUUUGGUUGUGGUUGUCAUUGUGUGUGGAGCAGUGAUUUAUACAGUAAAGAGGCCAAAAGUCAAAUACCAACCACUUCCAUCUACUGACUUCUGAGACACAGUUUGUGCGCUCAUGAAACAUGAUGAACACAUUCUAAUCAAUCACAUUUAUGCAAUAUUUGACUUUUAUGAACAAUGGAGGAAUGGUAUUUUUCUGCUCAAA